GGGAUCACAUGGCGAUCUGCACGGCUUAGCGGUGGAAGAUUGACACCUGGACACGGAGCGAACUGGACACGGGGACGCUUUCUUUAAGCGGACACCAAUGGCCCCAGUCACCCAGGAGCAACUCUCUAAGUUCCACCAGGAGGGCUUCCUGGUCCUUGAACGGUUUUUCAGCCUGGAAGAAUGUGACGCAAUGAAGGCCCAGAUCCGAAAGAUUGUUGCUUCUAUGGACGUGCCACCCCACUGCCGAACCGAGUUUUCAACCAAGGAGACGGAACAGCUCCAGGCCCAGGGCUCCACAGAAUAUUUUCUCACCAGUGGAGACAAAAUCAGAUUCUUUUUUGAAAAAGGUGUUUUUGAUGAAAAAGGGGAUUUUCUUGUCCCAAAGGAGAAAUCUAUCAACAAAAUUGGUCAUGCGUUGCACGCCCACGAUCCUGUCUUCAAGCAAGUGACCCAUGCGGCGAAAGUGCAGGCCUUGGCAAGAGAAUUGGGCCUUGAGAACCCCAUGGUGGUGCAAAGCAUGUACAUCUUCAAGCAAGCUGGCAUUGGCGGCGAAGUGACCCCCCACCAAGAUGCCACUUUUUUGCACACAAAACCUUUGGGCAAAGUUAUGGGUCUCUGGAUCGCUCUGGAGAACGUCACGCAAGAGAAUGGCUGUUUGUGGUUUGUUCCCGGCUCGCACACAACUGGCAUCACGCGACGGAUGGUCCGAACUCCUCCUGGGACGAUCCCUUGCAUCGAUUUUGUCGGCACGGAGCAAGCAUAUGACGACUGCCGGUUUGUCCCUGUGCCCGUGGGCAAAGGGGGCUUAGUACUUAUCCACGGCGAGGUGGUGCACAAAAGUGAAGCCAACUAUUCUGAAGAGUCCCGCGAGGUCUACACCUUCCAUCUGAUGGAGGACAAGGAUGCUGUUUGGAGCCCUGAGAACUGGAGCAGCAGAGAACUGUGGACCAUUGUUUUGGGAAGAUCAGCUUUGAGGGAACCGGCCCAGAUUGCAGAAGAGUUGAAUAAACACUGGCAGAGGCUGCUGGAAGGACUUUGUUACUACAAGCCACCUAGUUCAAAUUCAGCAGAAAUAGUGAAAGCUGAUAAAAAUGUGCCUGCUUCAUUGAAGGAACUGGGCCUCAGAGUCAGCAAGUUUUUGGGUUUGGAUGAAGAUCAAAGUGUGCAGCUCUUACAGUGUUAUCUUCAAGAGGAUUAUAGAGGGACUAGAGAUUCAUUAAAGACUGUGCUGCAAGAUGAGAGGCAGAGCCAAACUCUGUUACUGAAGAUUGCUGAUUACUACUAUGAGGAACGGUUUUGUAUUCUUCGGUGUGUUCUCCACAUCCUCACCUAUUUCCAGGAUGAGAGGCACCCUUACAUGGUCCCGUAUUCGCAGUGUAUGGAAAAAUUGGAUAAGGAACUGGUUCCUAAUUACCGGAAACAGUUUGAAGAGCUGUAUAAAGCAGAAGCGCCUACGUGGGAGACACAUGGAAGUCUAAUGACGGAGCGGCAAGUCUCCCGCUGGUUCGUGCAGUGCCUCCGUGAACAAUCAAUGUUGCUGGAAAUCAUCUUCCUUUACUACGCCUAUUUUGAGAUGACCCCUGAGGAACUGCUGACUUUUGCCAAGAUGUUCAAAGAGCAGGGGUUUGGUUCUCGGCAGACCAACAGGCACCUGGUUGACGAAAGUAUGGAUCACCUGGUUGAUCGGAUUGGGUAUUUCAGUGCUUUAAUUCUAGUGGAAGGCACAGAAAUCGAUUCUUUGCACGAACGCUUGUUGGACGACAGGAAAGAGGAACAUAAAUUUGCUGGCAAUGGUCAGGUCCGCCAGGAAAUGGAUCGCCUGCUGCUAACUCUUGGGGAUGUUCCCCAUCAUGCCCCUAUCCUCUUGGCCUGGGCCUUACUCCGCCACACGUUGAGCACUGAUGGGUCAACCAGUGUGAUCAGGCGAAUGGGAAGCACUGCAAUUCAGAUGAACGUGUUUCAGUAUUUGACGAAGCUGCUCCAGGCCAUAAGUAGUGAAGGAAAUUGUAUUUCCAGCACCGCCUGCAUGUGCAUUUACGGCCUACUCUCCUUUGCCCUGACUUCUCUGGAGCUGCACACGCUGGGCAAUCAGCAGGACAUAAUUGAUACAGCAUGUGAAGUUUUGGCAGCUUCAAGCAUUCCUCCACUGUUCUGGAAAACUGAACCGACAGCAGGUCUGGGCAUUAUUUUGGAUAGCGUAUGUGGCAUGUUUCCACACCUCCUCUCCCCUCUUCUUCAGUUACUCACUGCGCUCGUUUCAGACAAGUCUACGGCAAAAAAGGUUUACACCUUUCUGGACAAGAUGUCGUUCUACAUUGAGCUUUAUAAGCACAAACCAGCAGAUGUAAUCUCUCACGAAGAUGGGACCCUGUGGAGGAGGCAGACACCCAAAUUGCUCUAUCCCCUCGGGAUGGGACAAACCAACCUUAGGAUCCCUCAGGGAACGAUUGGUCAGGUGAUGCUGGACGACCGGGCUUAUUUGGUACGAUGGGAGUAUUCCUAUAGCAGUUGGACGCUCUUCACGUGUGAGAUUGAGAUGCUGUUGCAUGUGGUGUCCACGGCUGAUGUCAUCCAGCAUUGUCAGAGGGUUAAGCCCAUCAUUGAUCUAGUUCACAAAGUCAUCAGCACCGAUGUGUCGAUCGCAGAUUGCCUUCUGCCAAUUACAUCGCGGAUCUACAUGCUGCUGCAAAGGUUAACUACUGUGAUUUCUCCCCCGGUUGAUAUUAUUGCCUCUUGUGUCAAAUGCUUAACGGUGCUGGCUGCCCGGAUGCCUGCCAAGGUCUGGACUGACCUUCAUCAUACUGGCUUUUUACCAUUUGUGGCAAAUCCGGUUUCUAAUAUGGGUCACAUGAUCAGUGCAGAGGGAAUGAAUGCCGGAGGCUAUGGGAACUUGCUGAUGGGCAUUGAGCAGCCCCAAGGCGAAUAUGGCGUGACAAUCUCCUUCCUGAAUUUAGUCAUGACGCUAGUCCGGGGGCAGCUUGGCAGCACCCAGAGCCACGGUCUGGUGCCAUGCAUCGUAUUCGUCCUGAAGGAAAUGCUGCCAAAUUAUCACAAGUGGCGCUAUAACUCCCAUGGAGUGAGAGAAAAAAUUGGAUAUCUUAUCCUACAGCUGAUCCAUGCAAUUUUGAAUUUGUAUCCUGAAAUGGAUCCUCAUAGCAGCAGUGCCCCGAGCCUCCAGUCCCUUUGCAUCUUCAGCCUGGCCAAUACUGAAGCAGGCCAGGCGGUCAUCAGCAUCAUGGGCAUUGGGGUGGACACCAUUGAUAUGGUGAUGGCCAGCCAGUCCUGCAGCGAUGGUGAAUCUCCAGGCCAGCUGCUGAUCCAGACGGUGAAACUGGCAUUCUCGGUCACCAAUAACGUCAUCCGGUUAAAGCCACCAUCCAGUGUAGUGUCACCUCUGGAACAUGCUCUGACUCAGCACGGGGCCCACCGGAACAACCUGAUCGCUGUCUUGGCCAAGUACAUCUACCACAAACACGACCCAGCCUUGCCCCGUCUAGCCAUCCAGCUCCUGAAGCGGCUGGCGACCGUGGCUCCAAUGUCUGUCUACGCCUGUCUUGGCAGCGAUGCCUCAGCCAUCCGCGAUGCCUUCCUGACCCGUCUGCAAAGCAAAAUCGAGGACAUGCGCAUUAAAGUCAUGAUUCUCGAUUUCCUCACGGUUGCAGUGGAAACCCAGCCGGGGCUCAUCGAAUUAUUUCUUAAUCUAGAAGUGAAAGAUGGGAGCGAUGGCUCCAAGGAAUUCAGCUUGGGGGAAUGGAGCUGCCUCCACGUGGUCCUGGAGCUGAUUGACUCCAAGCAACAGGAGCGGUACUGGUGCCCCCCCCUUCUGCAGCGAGCCACCAUUGCUUUCCUCCACGCCCUGUGGCAGGACCGCCGAGACAGCGCCAUGCUAGUUCUCCGGACCAAGCCAAAGUUUUGGAGAAACUUAACCAACCCAUUGUUUGGAACUCUUCCUCCGCCCUCUGAAACGUCUGAGCUCAGUGUCUUGGACACCUGUGCCUUGAUAAUGAAAAUAAUUUGUCUGGAGAUUUACUCUGUGGUCAAGGGAUCUCUGGACCAGUCCCUGAAAGACACGCUCAAGAAGUUUUCGACGGAAAAGCGCUUUGCCUACUGGUCGGGCUACGUGAAGUCCCUGGCUUUCCACGUGGCAGAGACAGAGGGCAGCGGCUGUGCCUCCAUGACCGAGUACCAGAUGUUGAUCUCAGCAUGGCGCAUGUUGCUGGUUGUUUCCACCCGCCAUGCUGACAUCGUGAACUUGACUGACUCAGAGAUUCAGCAGCUGUUUCUGGACGUCCUGAAUGGUACCAAGGCUUUGCUGCUGGUUCCCACUUCCGUGUGCUGCCUGCAACUGGGAUCCAUGCUGUGUACCCUUCUGUUAAUUCUGCUGCGACAGUGGAGGAGCAAGUUGGGCUCUGUGGAUGAAAUCAUCAAUUCCUUGACGAAGAUCCUGGAUGGAGUGCUUCAAGCUGACCAGCAGAUGAUGGAGAAGACCAAAGCCAAAAUCUUCUCUGCGCUCAUCACCAUCCUGCAGAUGAAAGAAAUAAAAGCCAGUGAGAUCCCUCAGUAUUCCCAGCUGGUGCUGAGUGUGUGCGAAACGCUCCAGGAGGAAUUCAUCGCCCUCUUUGACCACACUCGGCAUUGCCUGACGUCGGGAGAGUCCCUUGAGGACAAAGACAGCAUGGAAACGGAUGACGUCUCCCGGCAUAAGCAGAAGGACCAACGGGAUGGGGUGUGCGUGCUGGGCCUUCACUUGGCGAAGGAGCUCUGCGAGGUGGACGAGGAUGGAGACUGCUGGCUGCACGUGACUCGGACGAUCCCGUUGCUCCCCACUCUCUGCACCACCUUGGAGAUCAGCUUGAGGCUGAAGCAAAAUUUGCACUUCACCGAAGCCUCGCUCCACCUGCUUCUGACAUUGGCCAAGACUCAGCAGGGAGCGUCAGCAGCGGCCACCGCGGGCAUCCUUCACAGUAUCUGUCUACCCCUCCUGAGUGUCUACCAGCUGAGCAGUAAUGGAGGGGGUCAGGUCCCGGUUUCAUCGCGGAGGUCUUUGGAUGGCCCAUCAUGGCCCGGCAUCUAUCGCCUCUCCAUAUCGCUGAUGGAGCGCCUGCUGAAGACCCUCCGGUACAACUUCCUCACCGACGCCUUGGACUUCGUGGGCGUCCAUCAAGAGAGGAUCCUCCAGUGCUUGAAUGCAGUCCGGACAGUGCAGAGUCUAGCCUGCCUGGAAGAAGCCGAUCAUACUGUGGGGUUCCUCCUCCAGCUUUCUAACUUCAUGAAGGAAUGGCAUUUCCAUUUGCCCCAGCUCCUGAGAGAUGUGCAGGUCAAUUUGUGUUACUUGUGCCAGGCCUGCACCUCGCUGCUUCAUAGUCGCAAAAUGCUUCAGCACUACUUACAGACCAAGAACGGCGAGCCCAUUCCCUCCGCGGUUCUGCCUCGCCUCCAGAGACCCCCCCAGGCGUCUGCCAAGGCAGCAAGCCCCGAGUCGGAGGCUGCGGAGCAGAGGGCUCUGCGCACCGUCCAGUACAGCCUCCUGAAAAUCCUCAGCAAAUGUCUUGCUGCCUUACGGCACUUCACCCCAGACAUCUGCCAGAUCCUUCUUGACCAGUCCCUGGACCUGGCAGAGUACAACGUCCUUUUCAUGCUGAGCUUUACCACCCCUGCCUUUGACUCUGAGGUGGCUCCCUCCUUUGGGACCCUCCUGGCCACCGUCAACGUGGCCCUGAACAUGUUAGGGGAGCUGGAUAAGAAGAAAGACCCAUUCACUUUGGCUGCAGGGUUGUCCCCCCAGCAGGAAGAGAACAAGACGCUCAAGCCUCUCCUGAUGUUUACAAUGGAAAACUGCUUCUACCUGCUCAUCUCUCAAGCGGUCCGGUACUUGAAGGACCCGUCAGUGCACUCGCGAGAUAAACAGCGCAUGAAGCAGGAACUGAGCUCGGAGCUGAGUACUCUCCUCUCCGGCCUGUCUCGCUAUUUCCGCCGUGGGGGUCCUUCUUCCCCUGCCGGGGGCGUUCUCCCCUCGCCGCAAGGGAAAUCCUCAUCCAAGAUUGGGCCUGAAAGUCAGGAGCCUCUCUUCCAGCUGGUUCAGACCUUUGUCAGACACGUGCAGAGAUAGAUCCCACCCACCCCGGCUGAAGAUUUCCACCCAAGUUCAUCUCCAUCCGCUUUUCGACCUCCAGCAUCAGGAAGUUUCCUGGUCUCUGCCAGCAAAGGACCCUCUCUGCGGGAUAUGGGAAGAUCUCCAAACUGUUCCUUGUUUUGUGUGUUACGAGUAAAUCUGGCUUGGCCUUAACAAGCCUGUCCCUUAUUUUUCUAACUUCUGUAUAGCCUAGGGUGGAAGGCAGAUGGAGGGAGCUUGACUAUCUCCCCUUCUCAAAAAAAAAAAAAAGAAUUGGGCAUUAACCUCAUAGUAUAAGGACCAUUUUGUGAUGGAGCUUUGCCAAAAUAAGUGCAGGGACCAUCUCACCUGCUUUUCACGGCACCAACUGGACCGGUCUUUGCUGCUCCAAGCGCAGAUGAGGUAUUUUUUUAAAGGCUGCGUCCUCUUUCCAGACAAGAUUUAAAGUCAGAAUCCCAUUGCUUGAGUCUCACUUUUUGUACUACAUGUUUCCUAUUUAUACUGAUUAAACACAUUUCUAAACAAAGCCGGGACUUAAAACCUCUUGAAUGUUGGGAGUGCCCUAGUUUGGUUUCUGCUUUCAAAUCAACGCUUUGGAAAAACGCAGCAGUGCAUAAAACGGUUGGAAGAGCUCAAGAAGGCUCUUUGGGACUUCGGCUUCUUCUAUGCGUUGCACGGCGAACCCACAGUUCUCGUCAGUGGCUGGUUUGCAGCUUAACGUCGCAUCCGAGCACGUAAAACUUUCUGCAGCUGUCCAUUUUGAUACAUGCAUGGAAUGAAACAAGCCUGCUUUGUUUUGGGUAGAUUGAAGUAUUGUGGUUGGGGGGGGAGGGCAGGCCGUGAUGGUUUCCUUGGUCUGUGUGUGCGCAGACAUGGUGGUGGUGAGAUUGGGCAAGGCAGGAAGCUGGCAGGUAAAGGAGGUGCUAGGAAGAGGGGGUGCACACAAAAUCAGUCUUCUGGCUUUUCUGUCCAGUCACUGCCGAUCUAUAACUCUAGUUCGUAGCAACCCCUUUUCGAUUUUGUGCACUUUUACUGCUGAUAGUGUCCCGUGUGUGAGAAGCGAUUCCCAGCCCACCUUUAAUGUGUGAAAAUCUGGAAGCAUCAAAAAACGCAAAGAGGGGUUACCCUCAUCUUUUGCCUGAGCUACUGUGCAGUAGAAAUGCAGAAUAUAAUCAGCUAGUGGGGUGAACAAAACCCUGCAGAGGCUGAGAGUCUACCUUUUAGAACUGACUCUAUUAACUUAAAUAAGCCGAGCGCAUCACUCCACCAGCGCUUGGGGCACAAGCUAAUAAACCUUACGACAUCCUGUUUUUAUGCCCAGGGUUUGCCAGCAAAGGAAACUUGCAGUGUCCAGCCUUAAAACCAUUAUUCCUUCAUUCUUGUUCCUUUUUUUUCCCUUAAGCAUUCGGGCGAGUAUUGACUUCUGGAAAAAAAGAUUUAGCACAUGAGCCCUAAUUCGACUCAUGUUCAGCUGGAAGAAGGCAGCUGGAGCAAGAAAGCAAGCGGCAGCUAUAACUUUUUAUUAAUCAAAGAUAGCAGUAACAAGAGUAUCGGACAUCUCCUUUACAUCUGAGCUCUUUGCUCACUUCAAAAAUCUGCAGUUUUUAAAGGAACUCGGCAAAGAAAAAGCAGAACCGUCACAGAAUACAAACAGCUGCAAGGAAAGAUGGGCGAGUCCGCCAGAGGCCGCCCUGCAGAGAAACGGGCUCUGGUCCCUCCCUCCUGGUGAGGCUCCACGUAUUUCCAGAGUCCGUGGCCCCGGUGGGCAGAAGCGUUCCUGACUCAGCCCAGGGUUACGUGACAAGCACCAGAGGAGGCAAAGACGCCGCCCGCUUGGGAGAAAUCCCUUUGAAUUGGGGGAAACCGUGCACAAGCUUUAAACCGAGCACACAGGAAGAACAUCUAUAACUUGCUCUUGAAAGAAAAGGACAGUAAGGUGUUUGUCUUAUGCUGGGGAAUAUCCCUACUGAUGCACGGGCAGCUGGUGACUCAACCUUUAUUUCCAGGGUUCAUGAUUUCUACUCCACCAGAUGCUACCUCCACUGAUUCCUUGGAAGCCUUUUUUAACAACUGGCUUGGGAAAACAACGGCAUCUUCCGCCCAAAGAUCGCGCCGGCAAGAGUCGGGGUCUUCUACCUGCCGAACAUCUGACCAACAGAGUUGGCAGCCUGGACCUACUGUGGGUUCAGCUCAGUCCUCUGAGAAGGGUUCCUUGAGAACCUCACAGAAUUCAGAAAUCGUUUCUGUUGCCAGCCUGGAAUAGAUCUCCAGAGGGGGCAAAGUCACCUAGCCCCAUAUGGCUGUUCUAAGAUUAAACUCGGGGGGGGGGGAAUAAAGCCCACACGGAGAACAGGCCAAGACUGAUUGGCAAGCAAGGAGUUGUCUGCAAGUCAGUAAAAA